CGUUGUACAUACAUUACAGCAAUCUGUUUAUAAGUUUAGCAUUUGGGUAAAUUAUGGCGGAUUACGAUUUGAACGUUUUGUUAGAAUUUCUAAAACCGGACGCAGAUGGUUCUGUAUCGAGUUCAAAUCGUCUUUCAUCGCAAAUAUAUAGUUUGGAAGCUCUAGCUAGUAUGUGCUCAUCUAAUUGCAGCCACGCUGAAGAGAUGAAAGCUUGCGGAGGAAUUGAUUUAGUUCUUGAUCUACUGUACAACGCAACUUGUGGAAAGCUACAGUUACCCUGCAUGUUUAUGUUGGCCUGUGCAGCUGAGGCUAAUGUUCAUGUCCAGCAAUACUUAACGCAAGACAAAAUAUUUGGGUUGAUUCAAACGGCCAUAGCUGGAAAUAAUAACAAUGAUGUCGGCAGGACUAUUGCUUCCUUCUUCCUUCUUUCACUUGUAUCACGAAACAAACAAGGACAAUUGAAAAUUUUUACAUCUGGAUGUUUGACCCAGCUUAUGGACCAGUUUGUAAACUACUAUAAAAUGUUGGCAAAUUCAAAAGUUGGGAAAGAAAAAAUUAAGCAUUGGAAUAUUAUUAUAAAGACUUUGUCUUAUUCUGUUAAUAUUCCACAAAACGAAAUGAAUCAAAAUAUUGUGUCCAAGUUGGUACCAUGGAUUAUUGCAACUAUACAUCGCAAACAUUCAAAUGAAGUGACGGAACAUUGCUGCAAAUUACUGUCAGUUGUCAUCGAGAAUAACAGUCAAUGUCAAACAAUUGCAUUUACAUCGCAAGCUGUUGAAGUUCUUAUAUUAUUGUUGAAACAUUCAAGUGAAAGUGGAAACUGUGGGGGAGAAUGUGUGAAUGCAUUGAGCUGUUUAUUACAAGGAGAAGCAGCAACUGAUCAAGAAAAGGUAAAGUUCAUCACGCUUGGAGGGUUGUAUCUCGUGAUGGAACUCAUCAAGCAAGACUUGAAUGAACACUGGGUUUUAUUUCAUGUCAACCAAUCUUUGAAUUUGUUAAACUUAUGCAUAGAUGGGUCAGGUACAAUAAGUGUUAGUAGUGAGAAGAUACCGGUUCAAAAGAUAGCAAACUGUGUGACUGCAUUGAUGGAUAAAGGGUAUGGGGAUGAAUGCUUGAACCAACAAUCAAUAAAACUACUAAGCAAGAUAUAUAAUUUUGGAAUAAAAUCCAAAGCUAAUGUCUCAAUACCGAAAAAAAGAGUCAAACAAAUCACUUCAAAAAAAAGCGUAUGUUUGGACAUCAGUGGUACGAAUAAAGCAGCUUUGAGAAAAAUGUCCGGUGUGUUUGAAAGUCCAACCGAUAAAGUUCAUGUCCACCUGAAACGAAGCUCGAAAAAGAGCAAGCCACCAAUAAGAAGAGGUCAAUGUAGUAGUGUGGUUGUUCCACACCCAAUGCAUUCAUAUAGAAGAUACCAUCAACCUAAAUAUAUCAACCAUGACCUCGUAUCACUCUGCAGUGAAAUUAUUGACAGUGAAGUCGAUAGAUAUUGUAAGAAAUAUUAAGGAAUUUGACGGCAGCUUCAUAAUCAUCGGGGAAAGAUCUUGCUGCUUCCAUUAAAUCGUCGAUGUUACAUUCAUUUAAAUAGUCUUCAACUGAUAAACAAGGAAAAUA